UAGAGCGGCACCGCUCAGUACCUAAAGGAUAACCAGGCCAAUAGAGAAAGUCAAUAUUUGCAGGAAGUCUAUCCCGUUCGUCACUCUUGCUUUUUCUCUAUCUCUAUGUUACCAAAUGUGCGUGUGUGUCGGGGGCGGGGGGAUAAGGCGACCCUAUGAACGGCGUCGGAGCAGCGCCCCCCAGUGGCAGCGGGAGACGCCGCCGUGACCGAGGAGAGAAAGGGAAGGCUGAACAAGUAAUGGCGGCCAGUUAGUGUAUGACUGAGCAGAGAAGGAGGAGGAGCUCCCUGCGCCUUCGGGCCCUUGUCCCUCGCCCGGCGGCGGCAGCGGCGGCAGCAGCAGCAGCGCCGCUCCCCAAAGCGGAGGCGGCGGAGACAGCGCCAGCGCCUCCCUUCUUGGGGUGGCUGCGGCGGGGCCAUGGUGAACACCCGAAAGAGCUCCCAGCGGCUUCCCGGUAAAGCGGCGGCGGCGGCGGCGGCGGUCUCCGGGCCCGGCAGCCAUUUCAUCUCGUCCAGGACCCGCUUGUCGAGGACUAGCGCCAAAGCGGCGGCAGCAGCGGCAGCGGCAGCAGCAGCAGCGGCGGCUGGGCAGGAUGAGGAGUCGGCCCGGAGAGAUGAUGGUAGUGAUGGUAGCUUGAGUGAUAGCCACAUAUCUCCUCCAGCCAAACGUACCUUGAAACAUGCUGAUUCUGUAUGCAAAGACAAAUCAAAAUCUCGCAGUGCUGGGCAGCGAGAAGAAUGGAGCAUCUCAACUGGACAGUCCCGGUUAACUUCUCAGUCUGGUGCUACCUUACCAAAUGGGCGUAGUUUAUCUCUCAAAAGCCAUUCCCUUCGAGGGGAGAAAAAGGGAGAUGGGGACCAUGCUUGCAUAAAUGGUGGUAGAGAAAUCAGAAAAAGUUGUCGAUCCAGAAAAAACAGAUUUGAAAGUUUGAAUCAGAGUUUACUAUUUGACCAGCUAGUAAACAGUACUGCUGAAGCUGUUCUUCAGGAAAUGGACAAUAUUAACAUCAGACGUAAUAGGCGAUCAGGUGAAGUGGAACGAUUGCGCAUGUGGACAGAUACAGAAUUUGAAAACAUGGAUAUGUAUUCUCGAGUGAAGAGGAGGAGGAAAUCAUUGAGGAGAAAUAGCUAUGGAAUCCAGAACCAUCAUGAAGUUUCUACUGAAGGAGAAGAAGAAGAAUCUCAAGAAGAAGAUGGAGAUAUUGAGGCAGAGGAGGCAGAGGGAGAAGAAAAUGACCGUCCCUAUAAUCUGAGACAAAGAAAAACAGUAGAAAGAUAUCAAGCACCUCCUAUAGUACCAGCUCACCAGAAGAAAAGAGAAAAUGCAUUGUUUGACAUUCAUAGAUCUCCUGCCAGAAGAAGCCACAUCAGGAGAAAGAAGCAUGCCAUUCAUAGCAGUGAUACAACCUCCUCAGAUGAAGAACGCUUUGAAAGAAGAAAAUCUAAGAGCAUGGCAAGAGCAAGAAACCGAUGUCUGCCUAUGAACUUCAGAGUAGAAGAUCUGGCUAGUGGCAUCCUGCGUGAACGAGUAAAAGUUGGUACAAGCUUGGCUGAUGUAGACCCUAUGAUCCUUGACAAAUCGGUGUGCUUUGACAGCAUAGGUGGUUUGAGCAAUCAUAUUCAUGCACUUAAGGAAAUGGUUAUAUUUCCUCUCCUGUAUCCUGAAAUAUUUGAAAAAUUCAAAAUUCAGCCACCAAGGGGCUGUUUGUUUUAUGGUCCUCCUGGAACAGGUAAAACCUUGGUAGCUAGAGCUCUGGCCAAUGAAUGCACCCAAGGAGAGAGAAAGGUUGCUUUCUUUAUGAGGAAAGGAGCAGACUGUCUCAGCAAGUGGGUUGGUGAAUCUGAACGGCAACUUCGACUUCUCUUUGAUCAAGCAUACCUGAUGAGGCCCUCUAUAAUAUUUUUUGAUGAAAUAGAUGGCUUGGCCCCAGUUCGUUCCAGCAGACAAGACCAGAUUCACAGCUCUAUAGUGUCUACUCUGCUUGCUCUCAUGGAUGGACUGGACAACAGAGGAGAAAUAGUUGUCAUUGGUGCUACAAACAGACUUGAUUCUAUAGAUCCAGCACUCAGGAGACCGGGUCGCUUUGACAGAGAAUUUCUUUUCAGUCUGCCUGAUCAAAAGGCAAGAAAGCACAUUUUCCAAAUUCAUACCAGGGACUGGAACCCCAAAUUGUCAGAUCCUUUUUUAGGAGAAUUAGCUGAAAAGUGUGUUGGGUAUUGUGGAGCUGACAUAAAAGCACUUUGCACUGAGGCUGCCUUGAUUGCCCUACGCCGGCGCUAUCCUCAGAUCUAUGUGAGCAGUCAGAAACUGCAGCUUGAUGUUUCUUCAAUAGUUCUCAGCGCACAAGAUUUUUACCAUGCAAUGCAGAAUAUUGUGCCUGCCUCUCAACGUGCCGUAAUGUCAUCAGGGCAUGCACUAUCUCCCAUCAUAAGGCCACUGUUGGAAAGAACUUUCAAUAAAAUUUUGGCAGUUUUGCAGAAAGUGUUUCCUCAUGCUGAAUUCAGCCAGGCUGACAAGAGAGAAGAUGUACCAAGUCUAAUUUUGGAUGAUAGCGAAGAUGAAAAUGCUUCAUCAAUAUUUGAGACAAGUUGUCAGUCAGGAUCACCAAAGAAACAAUUAUCAGCUGCUGUACAUAAACCUUAUCUUCACUUUACAAUGUCAGCUUACCACCAGCCCACCUCUUACAGGCCAAGAUUACUGCUUUCCGGAGAAAGGGAUUCAGGUCAGACUUCACACCUUGCUCCAGCACUAUUGCACUCUCUUGAAAAAUUUGCUGUACACAGAUUAGAUUUGCCAGCACUUUAUUCAGUCAGUGCCAAAACACCUGAGGAAUCAUGUGCGCAGAUCUUUCGUGAAGCAAGAAGAACACUACCAAGCAUUGUUUACAUGCCUCAUGUUGGUGAUUGGUGGGAAGCUGUCAGUGAAACUGUGAGAGCUACAUUUCUGACUUUGCUGCAAGAUAUACCAUCAUUCUCACCUAUAUUUAUACUCUCUACCUCUGAAACCAUGUAUAGUGAACUCCCUGAAGAGGUGAAAUGUAUCUUUAAAAUCCAAUAUGAAGAGGUUUUUUAUAUUCAGAGACCUAACGAAGAUGACAGACGUAAAUUUUUUGAAGAGCUGGUUCUCAAUCAGGCAUCAAUGCCUCCUCCAAGAAGGAAGCACACAGCUCUUUCCAAUAUGGAGGUGCUUCCCCUUGCACUACCAUCUCCCACCCGCCAGCUAUCAGAGGCAGAAAAGCAGCGAAUGGAGGACCAGGAGGAGAACACAUUGAGAGAGCUGCGGCUGUUUCUCAGGGAUGUUACCAAGAGGCUGGCCACAGACAAGCGCUUUAACAUCUUCAGCAAACCGGUGGAUAUUGAAGAGGUCUCAGAUUAUCUUGAAGUUAUUAAAGAGCCGAUGGACCUGUCUACAGUAAUAAGUAAAAUUGAUAAACACAACUAUUUAACUGUAAAGGAUUUUCUAAUAGACAUAGAUCUCAUCUGUAGCAAUGCAUUGGAAUAUAACCCUGACAAAGAUCCUGGGGAUAAAAUAAUUAGGCACAGAGCCUGUACUUUGAAGGACACCGCACAUGCCAUUAUUGCUGCUGAGCUGGAUCCAGAGUUCAAUAAAAUGUGUGAAGAAAUCAAAGAAGCAAGAAAGAAAAGAGGCUUAUCAGUAACAGCAGAGCAAAUAAAUCCUCAUGGUUCCACUGUUCAGAAAACAGAAGCUAGAGUUGAAGAGGCAUUCCAUAACAAGCAAAAAAAUGCAAUGGCAGUUUGGCACAAUGCUGCAAAUAAAUGUGCAUUUCGAUUGAGGAGGAAAUCAAGGCGACGUUCACAGUGGGGCAAAGGCAUUAUUAAAAAGAGAAAAGUCAAUAAUUUGAAGAAGGAUGAAGAUGAUGCCAAGUUUGCCGAUGAUGAAAAUCAAGGGGAGGACAGCAAGUUGCUGGAGAAUGGGGAACUUGAAGGAAGUACCGACUGUGUUGAGGAGAAUGGAGAAGAAACGGGAGAUCUCUCUCUGACAAAUGAUGAGUCAUCUUGUGAUAUCAUGGAUAUACAUGGAGAGCAAAGACUGAACAAUGGGACGGUAGGGAAAGAAAAUAGUAUUCCGUCCACAGAAGAGAGUUCAAAUGAAUCCCUGCUAGUAAGUAACAAGGUUGCUGUGAAUUCAGGGAAGGAGUCAAAAGAGUCCUCGUUCAAGAGGGACCGUUUAAAUGGUGACGCCUCUGAAGAGACACCUGUUCCAGCAUGUCAGUAUGGCAAAUGUGAGUCUUUGAAUGCUGUUUCACUUUCCGAUAUCCUUGACACCUCUACUCCCAAACAAAAUGCAACAGCUGAUGAUCACCAAAAGGAAAAACCUGAAGCUUCCAGCGAAAGCCCAGAAGUAGAACAGAUAAAACAGCCUGGCACUGAAGCACCACAAUGCAGCAAUAAUGAGAAGAAAUCACAAGGCAUCGUUAUUGAGAUUAAAGACACUGAAUUGGAUAAAGAAGGUAUGUUGAAAAAUAAAAAAAAUCGUAAAAUUGCUUUGGCACAGGUUCCAGAGGAGCAGUUGGACCCUGUACCUCCGGUAGUUGUUGACCAUGAUAGAUUAAUGAAAUUACUUGAUUUGUUGGUUAAGAAAAGCGACAACCUGACUGUUGAUCAGCUUGAGAGGCUUUACUCACUCCUUAAUCAUUGUAUCUACCGGCAUCGUAAAGAUUAUGACAAGUCACAGCUUGUAGAGGAGAUGGAAAAAACAGUUGAUACGUUUGAAACAUUCCUGUGAAUACCAGAUGUGCGGGUGUCUCUUUUCAUAAGCUGCUCAUGGGAGAGCAGUCUUCUGAGCCAUUCGAUUUUCCCGUUGCACCAAGCAUGUGCAGAGCCUUGGUCUUAACAUGCUCGCUCUUUGUCUCACUUUCUGUUAUGAAUUGGUGCUAUUGUCUCAGGUACCUGAAACCAGCCAGCCUACAAGAACCAAACGGAACUUCGUAAUAUUUGUAUCUUGAUAUAAAUAAAGAAUAUAAUGCCACAACUUGGAGAUUUUUGGUGCUACAGAAACUGCUCUCAUUUCUGCUGUAUCUUGUGAGAAGCUUCAGACAAAAUGGAGCAGGUUGACAAACACCCACAAACUGGAUAGAGCAGAUCUAAUUGUUUUUAAGUGGGCAACUUUUAAAAUUUUACUUUCAUUUUUGUUCUUUUUUAAUUCUCUGAGGUAAUGGACAGAAGCCUGUUUUUAAAGCUGGCAGUGAAGAAUUGUGGUAAAAAUGAAUUAACUUUGGUAUACAAUAAUGUGAAGAUGAGGCUCUCUAGAGCUGCCUUCAAUGUGCCUUUUUAGUCAGUGGAGGAGGAGGAGGCAGAAGAGGAGGAGGAGGAGGCUAUUAAAAUGGUUGGGAUUGUAGCCAAUGCCAGAGUUAGAAAGUUCGUUUCAAAAGCCUGUGUUCCCAAAGAACAGCUUCAGGUUCUCACACUGUUGAAUGGCAGCCAGUAUUAUGUUUAAACAUGUCUGUGUUGCGCUCCAGAAAACAAAAUUAUGGAAAUAACCACGUUAUCUUAAAUGAUAAAAUGCAUUUAUUCAUCAAGUUUAUUUGUUUUUAUAGCAAAUCAGACUGUGAAAAUCUUACAGUGGAUAUUUAAGGUGGCGGUAGUUAUGUUUUUCUUUAAAAUGUUCCAUUUUGUUCCUUCAGAGGUCUUAAAAACAGCUUUCUUUCUAAAUUUCCAUUAUUUUGGAAGCCGCUUGGGUUUCCAUAGACAGAAGAGAUGAUUUUGCGUUGCAAAAUCUGUAUCUGAAUUAGACCAAGCUCAUUCAGUACAAUCCACAUUGAACAGUAUUAAGGAGAAAAUAAACAACCUUUUGUUUUGUCUGUGGCUGAUUUUGGACCUCUGAAUGGGCCUAGGACGAUUGUAGUUCUCUAGAGCGUCAGGAUGUGGCGAUAGUUCUCAAACACUCGGUGGGAAACUAAGAGGCACACUCUAGGCAGCUGGAAGUCUGUGGAAGGCUUCGUGUUCCAACAGCCUCCGUCAGAUUUCUUUCAGAUCCAACAGGCAGAAAAUGAGGUCCGAUAGUAGGUCAUAUCCACAUGAGGAUCUGCAGGAGUGUCAUUCCAAAAUAUGCAACUCAGAAUGUUUUGUUUUAAACAAGCAAAAACAGUCUUGGGCUACUGCAGAGAUACUCAGCUACCUCAGCUUUUUGUAUUUGAGUUACCAACAGUGUUUGCAGAAAGCUGUAAUCGCUCUGCUGCCGUUUACAUGCUGAAGCUAAGGUACUUGUCACCAGGCGUUUCGCUUACUAUAGCAGUGCGCCACUGCUGAAAAUCAACUCUGGCCUUGGGCUACUGCAGUAAUCCAAAGUGCUUCUUUCUACAUUUUACAUCCAGGCCUUCUAAUUCUAGCCAAGCCUUCCCCGGGCCCACCCCAAAUGCCACUUGUUGAAUUCCCGGUAUGCAUUUAGUCACAUUAUUCUAAACACAACUCCUGUAGAAAUGCUGUAUUUUUAGGUGGGAAAGUGCGAUUAAAAUGAAAACAUUUUAAACUAGUACUUCAUUCAUUUUAGAAAUUUGAUUGUGGGGACUUUUUCAUCUUUUUGUUCGUAUUUAUUGCCAUCAUACCUGUUUAGAAUAUUUUGCUGUCAAAUCCAUUAGCAUUUUGUAUUUUGAUGGAAAUUGUUACAAAACGUUAAGAUUUGAUGAAAUAAAAUGUAGCAGAUUUUUUGUAGCAAGUUUCUGGUAAAACAAUUUUUUGCAAGUCUCAGGUUCUUGCAGCAUUUUUUAAAAUAUUGUAGUUCAAAGAUUCUUUUGUUCAAGUAGCAGCAGCACUUGUGAAAGGAAAAACUGCAUACAUUUUUAACAGGUUGCUAAAUUUGUACAAGUUUAAAUUCUUUAAAUAUAGUAAUCAAAUAAUUUGAAAAGAGUAUCUUAAAUUCGAGUCCAGCAUUAAAAAUGCUUCCAACAGGUCAGUUUAGGGUGGGGGGGAUCUUUAGUAGUUUUUGAAUGUUGAUAAGAGUGAGGAACUGCCUCUAAAUGUUUUAGGUUUUUUGGAAGAAUUAGCUUAUAUAAAUGUGUUAGUGGGCAACAUGAUUAAAAUAAUUAUAUUCACCUUUUUGGCUCCAAAACCACACUAAUACAUAUAUUGCUUUUCUUUACUAAUAGCUUAGUGGUUGUAGAGUUAAACCUGUUAAUCUCUCCAUGUUGUCAAUUCGUUCACUAUCUGUAUUUUUUUUCCUUUUUAUUAUUGUUUUGCCACAGAAAAUUGGCAAUAAUUUGUACAAAUCAAUUCCUGUUUCUUGUUAUGAAUAUUACCAAUGAACUCCUGUGCAAGGCCUUUAUCCUAGGGCCAGAUGGAGGUUAAAUUGCUGUGGGCUAAUGAUGGAACUGCUCUAAGAUGAAUUUGGCUGUGGAGUUAAUUGUGUUUGCAAGCUUGAAUUUCACCUGUGAUUAAUUUAUGUUCUGUGUCCUCUGUAUUGUUACUUGAGUUUUCUCAUAUGCCAAUGUAUUUAUUAUAGGAUUAUUGAUAUAUAUUUUUUGCUAAUACCUUGUCUUCCCAUACUUUAAGUUGGAGGGUCAGUUCCGGCUUUGUCUGAUCAUUUGAAUAGCAGGUCCUGUAGCUGAUUGUCAUUUCCCUCUCCCUCAAUUUUUUUUUUUUUGGUAAAUUCAACAUAAGCUUGAAUUUGAGCUUGUACCUGCUUCUUUUCUAUAUUGUACAUGGGUUUGCUUAGGCAAUGGGGAUGUCUUGUUUGGUUUCAUUCAUGUGCGUCAACUUUUGGAUUAAGUAAGCUUACUUCAUCAGCUCUGAUAAAUUUUGGAUUCUCUAAGUUGUAUUCAGAAUUGUGUUCCACUUGAUUUUUUUUUUUUUUGGCAUCUUCAUUUUACAUUAGUUAAGUAAAUUAUUUAAUUUUUUGAAUUCUGGAUAUUUUGAACAUUUUACUGUAAUUUGUAAUAUAACUGCUGUGAAAUACUUGAAUAAAGAUGACAAGUAAAAAUCCUG